GGAGGGGCGGGGCUCGGUGGCGGCGGCGGCGCCGGUCCCGCGGGUCCCCGCGCGCGCGCGCUCCCGGUCCCGGUCCCGGUCCGGCCAUGGCCCAACGCGGCGGCCCCGCCGUGCUCCCGGACAACCCCUUCCAGGACCCCGCCACGCUGCAAACCGGCCCGGUGCUGGACGGAUACAACCCGUUCGAGAACGACGCGCCGCCGCCGCCGUUCCAGACCCCUUCGGUAGCCCCGCCACCACCGGCACCGGCGGCUGCGCAGCCCCCGCGGAAGGCGAGUCCCACCGAGCCCCGCAACUACGGCUCCUAUGGCUCGCAGGCCUCGGCCGCCGCCGCCACGGCGGAGCUGCUGAAGCGGCAGGAGGAACUCAACCGGAAAGCGGAGGAGCUGGACCGGCGGGAGCGGGAGCUGCAGAACGCGGCCCUGGGCGGUUCGCAAACGAGGCUCAACAACUGGCCCCCGCUGCCGUCCUUCUGCCCGGUGAAGCCCUGCUUCUACCAGGACAUUCCCGUGGAGAUCCCYGCUGACUUCCAGAAGACCGUUACCACCAUGUACUACCUCUGGAUGGCCAGCACCAUCGCUCUCUUCUUCAACUUCCUGGCCUCGCUCGCCUGGUUCUGCGUGGACCCCUCGUAUGGUUCUGGGUUCGGCCUGUCCAUCCUCUGGGCUCUGCUCUACACGCCCUGCUCCUUCGUCUGCUGGUAUCGGCCCAUGUACAAAGCGUUCAGGAGCGACAGUUCCUUCAACUUCUUUGUCUUCUUCUUCGUGUUCUUUGCCCAGAACGUGAUGUACGUGCUGCAGGCCAUUGGCAUCCCAAACUGGGGGUUCAGUGGCUGGAUCCUGAGCCUGAUAGCGCUGCGGACUAACACGGCCGUGGCUGUGAUGAUGAUCCUGGUGUCCCUGUCCUUCACGGCCGUGGCUGUGCUGGGGAUCAUUAUGCUGAAAAAGAUCCACUCUCUGUACCGCCGGACGGGCGCCAGCUUCCAGAAGGCUCAGGAGGAGUUUGCRGCCGGGGUCUUCUCCAACCAGGCCGUGCGCACAGCCGCGGCCAACGCCGCCGCCGGCGCGGCCACCAACGCCUUCCGCGCGCCGUAGCCGUGCGGGCACCUGGCCCUGCCUCCCCGGCGCACGCGGGCUCUUCCCGAGGAAGAGGAAAAUCCGAGUUUGCACUUUCCACUGGAUCCCCGUGCGUCCGCAUCAGCUGUCAGAGGCUGCCUCAUCCCAGCUUGGAAGUGCUGGUGCCUGAAUUGUCUGCUGCUCUUAACCCCCUUUCCUCACGGACAGAGGCUGUUCUGGUUUGUGCUGGUCCCCUCCCCUCAGCAGACUGGGGGGAGCGGGGUGGGAAGCGCUGCGGCCGAGCCCUGAGCCCACCAUUGCCCUUCCAGCAGCAGCUGCUGGGGGUGGGAGCCUCCUCCCGAUGGCUGCAACGCCGCUUCCAGGGACUGCAAUGGUCACUUGCUUUCCUCUGUGCUCUCCCGUUUCCCUGCCUGGCGAUGACACUUGUGCACCCUGGGGUUCGGAGGGGCCCCUUGCCCCCUGUGUGCCCAGGGACCCCCGUGCUCGGCCGAGAAUCCCCCUCUCCGUCCUGGGGCUUGCUCCAGCGGGAUGGGGAUGGGGCUGGUGCUGUCCUCAGCGUGUCCUGUCCUUUUGUUCCCGUCCCUUUCCCUGUCCUCUCCCUCUCUCCAGGCACAGGGACGAGGGGAGCAGGGCAGGGCCGGGCAGCGCUCGGGCAGCUGCUGCCUGUGGGGAUCCUGCCUUUAGCCCGUGUGGACCCCAAAGCCAGGCUGGGUGCUGAGGAGCAGCCCCUGGUGUUUACAUGGCUCCCCCUUCGCCUUUGGGGAGGGGUGGACAGCUCCUUCCGUCCCCCUCCCCACCCGCUUCAAGGACUGUGACCCCUCGCUCCCCCCAGCACCCUUCACCCAGAGCCUUCACCCUGCUCGGGGGCUGAGCCAGACCCUGUGCGCAGCCCCGUGCCCCCCUUACCUGCCCUCUGUCCCCUGUCCCGGUGUCCCCGGAGAUGCCCAGGACAGGUCUCAUGCGUUCUGCUUUGCCCCAUCUCCUCUCAGAUGCUCUCGGUUUGUCCCUGCAGCUCCGGGGCUGGCGAGAGGCUUUGUGCCUUCAGCUGUGGGGGCCGGUGCCCGCCCCGUCCCGCUGCGGCGAGGGCUCCUGCGGGGGUCCCCGCCUCCCCCGCUGCUCCCCCUGUGCUGUCCCCGACCGCCUCCGGGUUUAUUUAAGGAAUAAAUGAAGUUUCACUCUGUUUCCUUCACUGUCUCCG